AUGUCCUUUGAACAAGCCAUCACCGUGACGCCAGUUGGCCCCUCACCUCUCGGCCAGCGGUACACGGCCCAUCUCCAAGACGAAUGGAGUAUAGGAAGGGUCCCCCAUGGCGGCUACACCGCCGCGAUACUGUACCGACUGGCGACGACGCAUUUCGCACACAUGCAUUCCACGCAGUUUCCAGAAAUGCCGGUCCCCAUCUCGAUGCAGAUCUCGUAUCUGCGACGGACAAGGGCCGGAGAAGCCCUUUUAACGGUUCAGGAUGCGAAAAUCGGCCGCAGAACAAGUACCAUCCACGUCACGCUGUCGCAGAGAAAAGGAAGCGACAACUCGGACAGCAGCAGCAGCAGCAGCAGCUCCGACUACGAGACCAAAGUAGCGGGGUAUAUCACUGUUAGUCCGCCGGGAGCAGAACAGGGAGUCUCUGCUCUGACGCGGUGGAGUCCCUCGCCGCCUGUGGUUAAAGGGACAGGACCGUCUGGAGAGGUGAAUCUGGCGGCGUUGGCUGCUACGGGGUCUGAUGGGGUUUGGAAACGGAGCACGCCGCCGUUUUCUGCGUUCCGGCGAGCGACGCAGCAUGCUGAUCUGUAUGCUCCGGGGAAAGAAUCGAAAGAAUCGAAAGAAUCGACAGGAUCGAAUUCUUCUUCCCAUGUUAUUGAUCAGUGGGCUCGGUUUUGUCCGUACGGUAUACUUACACCAUGGACGGACGAAGGCGUUGCGUUUUUGACUGAUAUCUUCCCUACGGCACUUGACGGGCUGCAAAGCAUUGCUUUGAAUUCCAGUGCUGAUGGUACUGGUGGCUCAUUCUGGUAUCCCAGCGUGACGUUGAACGUGGAGUUCAAGAAACAUCUGCUUCCCGGCAAGACGCAAUGGCUGUACAGUCGCGUUCAGUCGAAGGUGGUAUGCAACGGACGGACGGACAUUGAUGUCACGAUCUUGGAUGAAGAGGGGGACGUGGUUGCUCUCAGCACGCAGGUUGGAUUGAUCGUGAGUGCGAGUCGGAAUAUUGGUAAAUUGUAG